UUAUUUCUAAUAAUUAUUUCUUAAUUUAGAAUAUUUAAUAACAAUUUUUAUUAAUUAAUUGCAUUAAAAUUAUUUAAAUACCAAACCAACCGAAAAUUGACCAAGGUUUGACCAUGGGUCAACUGAAAGUUGACUUCGGUUUGACCAUGGCUAAACCGAAAAUUGAUUUCGGUUUGACCGAAGGCCAACCGAACGUUGACCUCGGUUUGACCGAGGGCCAACCGAACGGCGGCUUCGGUCGUCGAAGGGAGGGGAGACUGACCUUCUUGGCGAGGACUGACGGCGACUGCUGGCGCUGGGGGCGAAGACGGCGACUGCUGGCGACGGCGCUGCGGGCGAAGACGGCGACUGCUGGCGACGACGCUGCGGGCAGACGGCGAGUGGGGUGCGGCGACGCUGCGGACUGACGCGACUCCGACUCCGGCGGCGUGGGUUGCGGCGGUGGACGACUCCGGCGGCGUGGGUUGCGGCGGCGGACGACUCCGGCGAGGGUGGGUUGCUCUGCUUGUUGUCGGGGGGGGGGGGGGGGGGGGGGGGGGGGGGGCGGGGGAAGAGUUGUCUGUGUCGGGGGAGAGGAAGGGGGUAAGGGGUUGUUUGCUUAGGGUUUAUUUUUGAAUUUUAGAAAGGGCAAUUCAGUAAUUUACUUAUUAAGUUAGGACGAUAGUUAGUAAUUUUUAGGACGACCUUUAACCCUUCAGUUUCCAAAUGCCAAUCCAUCCUCACAAAAAUCUAAUGGAUUUAGAUAUAUCCAACAAUGGCUUCAUUUUGGGUCCCAUUCCACCUAGUAUCUGCACUUUUUUCCCAAACAUAGAAUCUCUAUCUUUAUCUGGUAAUAAAUUCUUCGGGAAAAUACCACCACAAUUGUCAAAUUGUUCCUUUUUUCACAUAUUCGAAGCUAGGAACAAUCAACUGACAGGUGAGAUUCCUGAAAAGAUUUGGGAUCUACCGAUGCUCUCCAUCCUUGACCUUUCAAGGAAUAAGCUUUCGGGAAGUUUGCCACCCGGUUUCAUUUCACCAUCGAUGCAAGAAGUUCACUUGUCGAGAAAUCAACUAGGAGGAACCUUAACCACCAAUGUAUCUGGUCAACUUGGGGAUUUUAGUGCUAGCAGCAGCACUAACUAUACAAGAUACUGGUUAGGUGUCUUGGAUCUCAGUCACAAUCGUUUCACAGGCACAAUUGUAGAAUGGAUUUCUAGGCUACCUCGACUGAGUUAUAUUUUGUUGAAUGAAAACCAGUUUCAUGGAGAGGUUCCAGUAUCAUUUUGCUUGGAGAAUACAAAAUUGAUUGACCUUUCUCACAAUCAUCUAUCUGGUCAUCUUACCUCGAAAAUAUUCACAUCAAAUAUCAUCAAUUGCAAUGCACGAGUUGCAUUCUCCAAACCUAAUCAUGAUAUGGAGUUUGUCACUAAGACGUUAUUAUAUACUUACAAGGGGGUGCCUCUCCAGUUAAUCUCUGGCAUGGAUUUCUCCAGCAACAAUCUCACUGGCGAUAUCCCUCUUCAAAUCGGCCAUUUGAGUAAUAUCAAAGUCCUCAAUUUAUCAUACAACAAGUUCACAGGACCCAUCCCACCCACCAUUGCAAACAUGUCGCAAAUUGAGAGUUUGGAUCUUUCUCAUAAUAAUUUGAGUGGGGUGAUUCCUCUUCAACUCACUGAGUUGCAUUCUCUAUCCUCUUUUAGCGUGGCUUAUAACAAUUUGUCUGGUAAGUGUCCUCAGAAGAUUGCACAAUCUAGUACAUUUGACGAAAAUAGCUACCAAGGAAACCUAUUUCUCAAUUGCACAUUACCACUACUAACACCAAAAACACCAUUAAGGCCGACAACUUCUGAUGAUGGCGAUGAUGAUGGAGAAGAUGGAUUUAUUGAUAUGGGGAGUUUCUAUGCGAGUAGUGGAGUGUCUUUUAUCAUGGUGUUGCUAAUAAUUGCUAGUGUUCUAUAUGUAAAUCCAUCUUGGAAACAAGUGUGGUUUUAUUAUGUUGGGGUCACCAUAACUACUUGUUAUUAUUUUGUGGUGGACCAUCUUCAUGCGCCAACUAGGUACAAGGUCUGGGAACUUCGUAUAUAGUUGAUUAUGUCAAGUAUGAAUGAGGGGAACUGAUUAUAUUCUUCUCCGUAUAAAAUAAUGCUACUGAUCAUUCUAUUCAAUUUUUAUAUCCCUUAAGUUCAAAGUAUUACCAGUAUUUGUAUUAUUAGUUUCUUAUAUGACAAGGAAGGUUAGGUGUACUUGAAGUAAAAUAUAAGCAUACAAUUUGGUUAUUGGGAUUUGGGAUUACUUAAAGUACUUCGACGAAUAAAAAUAAUUAUUGAUUGUUGUUUUUUAUAAAAUUGAUCUUAUGAU